AUGUAUACACAAACAUACAAAUCACCACCACCGCGAAGACAAGUUCGACAUCCAUCAACACACAAAGAUCUACCUCACACCACCGCAAAUUACCUGAACACCCUCAACACCCUCUACACCCUCUACACCAUGUCGAAUGCCAACAGUCAAGGACUCACUGGCACCAUGGCCUGCGGACUCGGCCCACACGUCUUGGUCUCUCCAGCCGUGACCCCAUGCGGUCACCACUUCUGCACAGCGUGCCUGCAGCGGUACAUCGAGACUGCAGACAUCUGUCCUAUCUGCAACGCCAUCCUGGUCCACCGAGAGACUGUGGCCUUUCAACAAGCUCCUCACGCACCAGCCACGUCGCUGCAGAACGACCGUGCAAGGGUGGCCAACCUCCAGCAGCACCUGCUUCCUGAGGCGACUUGGGGUAGCCUUGGUGUAGUCCGGUCAACAGCUCCACCUACCCAGCAAAGCAGUGCAGCCGAGGACACCACCGCACUGGACACAUUGGCUGAGGUCGCGAGCGCCGCUCCACCUGUCGAUACUGCUCGAAGCGCUUCUCAGGGGAGCCCGAAACCAGAAGAGCGCUCACCAGGGAACGGCCAGCGCAAGAAGAAGGAGAACUGA